AUGGGACUCCGCACCCCCUCCCGACCGUUACAACCAGCCGUCAUUGAACUCUGGAACGAUUUACCAGAUCUUUCAGACCCGACCUUUGGAAUACCGGGCGGCGUCGAUAUCCUACUUGGAGCCGACGUGUACCCCCAUCUACUACGGUCAGGGCAGUUAUUCCGUGGAGAUCACGUCGGACAGCUCACCGUUGCCGGCUGGAUGCUCGCCGGUCACGCACCGGGCCAAGCGACCUCGUCCUCGCCGGCUGCUUGCAUGACGACACAGGACACCUCAGCUCCGCCUUGGCACGAGCAGCUAAUCGCACUGAUGCAACGGUUUUGGGAAUUGGAGGACGUGCCACGUGUAAUUCGUCAAUCUCCUGAUGACAUCGAGUGCGAGGUCAUCUUUGCCGAUCAUCAUCGGGCUGCCGACGGGCACUAUGUCGUCCGCCUGCCGCUCAAGCGUGACGGAAUUGAGCGACUAGGAGAGAGCUUAACCGGCGCUAGAGCAUCCCUUCGUUCGCUACAGCGCAGAUUGCGGGGUGCCCUGGAGAUGGCCAUCGAAUAUGCACGCUUUAUGGACGAGUAUCUUAGGUGCGGGCACAUGCGGUUACUGACCGACGUGGAGCUGCGCGAGUCGUCGGGCCUCGUGCAUUAUAUCCCGCACCAUGGCAUCUGGCAAGCUGGCGACCACCGGAAGAAACUGCGGGUCGUAUUCAACGCAUCGCGACCGACAUCCACUGGCUAUAGCCUCAACGAUAUCCUGCACGCCGGACCGAAGCUCCAAGCCUGCUUACCGACUGUCUUGCUCCGCUGGAGAAGGCAUCGGAUUGCUUUGUGCGUGGACAUCCAGAUGAUGUUUCGGCAGAUCUGGAUCGACAAGCGUGACGUGGACCUCCAGCGUAUCCUGUGGAGCUCUGAUGACUCUAGCCCGCCGAAGCACUAUCAGUUGCUCACUGUGACCUACGGUGAAGCUAGUGCUCCCUAUCUCUCUCUACGGACGAUUUCCCAGCUAUGCGAGGAUGAAGGCCAUACUUGGCCCGAGGCCGUGCCUAUCGUCAAACAAGAUCGAUACGUCGAUGACAUUCUCUCGGGCGCUGACGACGUUGAGACGGCUCGACUUCGCCGCGACCAGCUGAUCGGCUUGUUGCAAGCUGGGGGCUUCCCUCUGAGGAAGUGGGUGGCCAACGAUCCGGAGCUGUUGCGUGAUCUUUCUCCAGAUGCCCAACUAAGGCCGACCUGGCGACAGCUCAGCGCAGGCGGUCUUGUCAGCAAACUCGGCGUCAGCUGGGACCCGAUUGACGAUUGCUUCCACCUCACGCCGCCUACCCUACAGCCACGACCGACCAAGCGCGCGAUGCUUGCCGCUCUAGCACGACUCUUCGAUCCCUGUGGAUGGAUCGCGCCCGUUGUCUUAACUGCCAAAAUGAUCAUCCAGGAUCUCUGGCGAGCGCGACUCGAAUGGGAUGAGCCCGUGCCUGCGGCCAUGGCCCAACGCUGGAACAGAUUUCUGACUCAACUGCAGAAUGUCCCCAGCAUUGCCAUUCCUCGCUGGAUCAGCUGCAGUCCCGCCACUAGUUUGCAACUCCACGCAUUUGCAGACGCGAGCCGGCGCGCGAUGGCUGCUGUCGUGUACUCGCGCGCUGAGAACCCAGCCGAUGGUGUCUGCGUGCGUAUUUUGAUGCCCAGGACCAAGUUGACCCCCAUCAAAAGCUUGCAGCCAGACGCCACUAGUCCAACACAUAUGACGAUCCCUCGAUUGGAGCUACGAGCGGCACUGCUCGCAGCGAGGCUGCUACGCAUGGUUGCCAAGGAAUAUGCUGUGAGAGUUGAGCACUGUCACGCCUGGAGCGACUCCCAGAUCGUGCUUUACUGGCUCCGAUCAUCGGAGCCGACAAACAACUCAUUGAUCGACAAUAACGUGGCUCACAUCCAGGAGCUUCUGCCCUCCCACGUAUGGAGAUAUGUUCCGACGGACUCUAAUCCAGCGGAUGUGGCGUCCCGGGGCACGGAUCUGUUCACGCUUCAGCAAAUUCGUGCUUGGUGGGAAGGCCCUUCUUGGCUCGCGGGCCCUCUUGACUUGUGGCCAGCCGAAAACGCAAAGUUGCAUAGCUCCUGCAACCCAGUCACCGACAGCGCCCUCCAAUCUUGUUGUGCUGUUCAAUGCACUACGCCAAAUCUGCUCGAGAAGUUCUUAGACCUUGGCCGUCUUCUACGCUUCCUCGCUCGACUGCGUCGCUGGAUCCGUCGUCGGCUACGUCGAGAUCCCGCUCCCUCGCCUUUCGCCCCUCUGACGACGAUUGAGCUGCGCGAUGCCUACCUCGCCUGCGUCCGCCUCAGCCAGCGACAAUUCUUCGCACUAGAGAUUGCGAGCUUGCAAAAGGGCGGCUGUUUCCCUGCGAAAAAUCCACUGCUGUGUCUAGACCCGAUCUUCUCCGAUGACGUCCUUCGAGUUGGCGGUCGUCUCCAACAUUCUGCGCUCACCUUCGAUGAGCAGCAUCCGCCAAUCCUCGACAGCCGAUGCAGCCUCGCUCGGCUCAUUAUCCAGUGGGCUCAUGCUCGUGCUCUUCACGGAGGAGUCAGAGUCACCAGCGCCUAUGUGGCUCGCAAGGCCUGGAUUGUUGGCGGGCGGCGGCGAAUCAAAAGCAUUCUCCAGGGAUACGUGGUCUGCGCCCGACUGCAGGCGCGGCCUGCCACUCAACACAUGGCACCUCUACCGGCCGCACGGGUUACUCCUGCUCGAGCUUUCUCUCGCACUGGAGUUGACUACGCUGGCCCAUUCAACAUUUUGUCUGCUAAGGGCCGAGGCAUCCGCACAAGCAAGAGCUACGUCGCGAUCUUCGUCUGCAUGACCACCAAGGCGUCACACCUUGAGCCCAUUGGUGAUCUCUCCACCGAGUCAUUCAUUGGAGCGCUCACAAGAUUCUACGCCAGGCGCGGUAGGCCCUUACAGAUCUGGAGUGAUAACGCCACCUGCUUCCGCGCCGCAGACCGUGAAAUGCGCGAGGCUCUCCAGGAUGCCGAAAUAAAGUGGGAGCGUGUUGCUGGCUCACUGGCUGAACAAGGCGUCACGUGGCACUUCAUUCCUCCACGGGCGCCCCACUUCGGCGGACUAUGGGAGGCUGGUGUCAAAGCAAUGAAACAUCAUCUCCGUCGUGCCCUUGGACCGCGCAACCUCACCUACGAGGAGUUUUCCACCGUUUUGGCCAGCAUCGAGGCGGUCCUCAAUAGCCGCCCUCUCACUCCAUUCACCGGAGGCUUAGAUGAUCUGGACUUCCUCACCCCUGGACACUUCCUCGUCGGUGGCCCGCUGAAUUCUGUGCUUAAGGCCAGUACCCCGCUCGAGAAGCUCGAUCGCCUAAGUCACUGGAAGCUGGUCCGGGGAAUCCGAGACCAGUUCUGGAGCCGCUGGAGCCGCGAGUACUUGAACACGCUCCAACAACGCCCCAAGUGGAAGGUCCCACGUUGUAAUUUCCAGGUUGAUGACGUCUUUGCCGUGGUGGACGCCACGCUCCUCAAGUCUAGCGGCAGGUGGCCGCUCGGUCGCAUCAUCUCGGUUCAUCCCGGACCCGACGGGCUCGUUCGCGCCACCACCAUCCAGACCGCCACUGGUGAAUACACCCGUCCCAUCAGCAAGCUCUGUCUUCUGCCCGUCCGAUCGCCUAGUGCCGGCGACGCCGCCUCCAAAGACCCUGUGGCCGAACCUGACCCAGGUACGGCGGGCGGAGACUGA